UGCCAGCCGGGCGUCCUCCUGCCCGUGUGGCAGCCCGAGGAGCCGGCGGCCGGCGACAAGGCGGCCCGCGCCGUCGUCUACUUCGUGGCCAUGGUGUACCUGUUCCUGGGCGUGUCCAUCGUGGCCGACCGCUUCAUGGCCUCCAUCGAGGUGAUCACGUCGCGCGAGAAGGAGAUCACGGUCACCAAGGCCAACGGCGAGACCUCGGUGGGCACGGUGCGCAUCUGGAACGAGACGGUCUCCAACCUGACGCUGAUGGCGCUGGGCUCGUCGGCGCCCGAGAUCCUGCUGUCGCUCAUCGAGGUGUGCGGGCACCGCUUCCAGGCGGGCGAGCUGGGGCCCGGCACCAUCGUGGGCAGCGCCGCCUUCAACAUGUUCGUGGUGAUCGCCGUGUGCGUCUACGCCAUCCCGGCGGGCGAGAGCCGGCGCAUCAAGCACCUGCGCGUCUUCUUCGUCACGGCCGCCUGGAGCAUCUUCGCCUACGUGUGGCUCUACCUCAUCCUGGCCGUCAUCACGCCGGGCGUGGUGCAGGUGUGGGAGGCGCUGCUCACCCUGCUCUUCUUCCCGGCCUGCGUGGUCUUCGCCUGGGCCGCCGACAAGCGCCUGCUCUUCUACAAGUACGUCUACAAGCGCUACCGCGCCGACCCGCGCAGCGGCAUCAUCAUCGGCGCCGAGGCCGAGCGCCCGCCCAAGGACGUGGAGGCCGACGGCGGUUUGGCCCCGCCGGCCGAGCCCGAGGCGGCAGCGGCGCCGCCGUCCCCGGCGCCGCCGAGCCCCGAGGAGCGCGAGCUGGACGAGAGCCGGCGCGAGGUGAUCCAGAUCCUGAAGGACCUGAAGCAGAAGCACCCGGAGAAGGAGCUGGGCCAGCUGGUGGACGCCGCCAACUACGCGGCGCUGCUGCACCAGCAGAAGAGCCGCGCCUUCUACCGCAUCCAGGCCACGCGCCUCAUGACCGGCGCCGGCAACGUGCUGCGCCGGCACGCCGCCGAGGCCGCGCGGAGGUGGCCGGCGGGGCCGGGCGAGGAGGACGAGGAGGAGGAGGAGGAGGACGAGGCGUGCAGCCUCAUCUUCUUCGAGCCCUGCCUGUACCACUGCCUGGAGAACUGCGGGUCGGUGACGCUGGCCGUGGCGUGCCGGCAGGGCGCCGGCGCCAACCAGACCUUCUACGUGGACUUCCGCACCGAGGACGGCUCGGCCAAGGCGGGCUCGGACUACGAGUACAGCGAGGGCACGCUGGUGUUCAAGCCGGGCGAGACGCGCAAGGAGCUGGCCAUCGGCAUCAUCGACGACGACAUCUUCGAGGAGGACGAGCACUUCUUCGUGCGGCUGCUCAACCUGCGCGUGGGCGACGCCGAGGGCAUGUUCGAGGCCGACAACGAGGAGCGCCCCAAGGGCCGGCUGGUGGCCCCGCUGGUGGCCACCGUCACCAUCCUGGACGACGACCACGCCGGCAUCUUCGGCUUCCGCGAGCGCUCGGUGCGCGUCAGCGAGUGCCAGGGCAAGGUGGAGGUGACCGUGGUGCGCAGCUCGGGCGCCCGCGGCACCGUCCUCGUGCCCUUCCGCACCGUGGAGGGCACGGCCAAGGGGGGCGGCGUCGACUACGAGGACGCCUGCGGGGAGCUCGAGUUCCGCAACGACGAGACCAACACGGUGGACAAGCUGAUGAAGAAAACCAACCUGGCCACCGUCAUCGGCACCCACUCCUGGAGGGAGCAGUUCCUGGAGGCCGUCACCGUCAGCGCAGGUGACGAGGACGACGACGACGAGGGCCGUGAGGAGCGGCUGCCGUCGUGCUUCGACUACGUGAUGCACUUCCUGACGGUGUUCUGGAAGGUUCUGUUCGCCUGCGUCCCCCCCACGGCCCUGCUGGGGGGGUGGGCGGCCUUC